GUCGCAGCAGCAGCAGCAGUCCCCUACGCUGAUCGCAGCCAGCGUGGACGCGUGGCCCGACACGGUUGACGCGCACGGCGCGCACAUGGUCUUCGAGGCGGCCAGCAAUGACGGCCAGGAGAGCCAGGAUAACGACACAGACAGCAGGUUCGGCCCCAACGCGCCCGACGCGACGAUGACCUCGGGGAUCGAGGACACCCCGGAUGGCGACCUGCCCGCGGCGAUGAUCAACAACAACCAGCUGAACCUAGUCACCCGCGUCUGCCUGACCUUGGCGGAGAUCUCGGAUGAGAACGUCGUGGUCUGGGUUCCGUUCGACGCGGGUUCGGGGGCCACGGCUUGCCCGAGCAAGGUCGCGCAGGACAUUGAGGUAUGCGCGUCGAGAGGCGGGGGGCCGAGGUGCGAGGCGGCUAUUGGGACCUCGGUGGAGCUACGAGGCAGCCGCCGCGCGCCGAUGGAGACAGUCCCGAGGAGCACCUACCUCGCGAAGUCGGCGCUGGACAGGUUCGGCAGGGCCGCUUGCUGCGAGGCCUGCAAAGUAAAAGGUGGCCUGCGCGCCCGCGAGCGUCGGAAGAGGCUCGAUGAGGCGCUGGUCGAGGAGAGGAGGCAGGCAGGUGAGGGACCAGUAGGCGCGCGGGCUCCGCGGCUGCUGCAGCCGCCUCAUCCUGAGGAAGCGCCCCUGGCAGAGCCGUCGCAGGCGGCGCCAGCUGACGUCCAGGAGCUGCGCGACGUCGGCGGGCCGGCGGCGGUCGACGGCGAGCGGGGACGCCCGCGCGGCGUGAAGACCGGGGCCGACCAGGACGUCAAGAAGUCUCGAGUCGCCGACAGGCCGAUGCAGAUCGACAGCGGCCGAGGUCAAAUGAGAGGUCAGAGCAGCGGCGCCCAGGACGACGUGGAGUCAAAGCAGCUGCGCACCGUCGGAGGCCUCGGCAUGAACCUGGUGCAGAGUCCGUCCGUGGCCAUGGUCGCUGAGGUCGCUGAGGUCAACAUGGGUGCACCAGUGCGCGCGGCUAGGUCAGGCGCCAUGUUGGACCCCGCCUCGAUGGAGGCCCGCGGCGAGCGCGUCGGUGCCCAGUGCGACGAGCGCUACGAGGACAACGGAGUGAUGUUCGUGCGUGUCCGCGUCGCGGACACGCAGGCUGGUCUGGUCCUCAGCUUCGCGGCAACGCCGGUCGGAGGAGGUCGGGGGAGGCUGGUCGCGCUGCGCGACGCGUCGACCGCCAUUCACCGCGCGCUGAUCGGCGCAGACAUCUGGGUGGACCCGCCCAAGUCAGGCGGAGAGGGUCCGCAUUGCGCGUGGCAGCUUCGCAAGGCACUCUACGGCACAAGAAGAGCAGCAACGCAGUUCCAGGAGCGCGUCAUCGACGCGCUCAUGAGGUCAGGCUUCAAGAAGGUCGCAGUGGCAGCGCAGGUGUGCUACCGCGCGAGUCGGGCGAUCCUGGUCGCAGUUCACGGCGGCGGCUUCUGCGCGGGAGGCGAGUUGGAGGGGCUGGGCUGGCUCGACGGACAGUUGGGGGGGGCCGACCGCGGCCACGUCCUCAAGCGCGCGAUCGGCUGGAACGACGGCGGCCCCCGCUGGCUCGCCGGCGCGGCGCGCGUCGAGAAGGUCAUCGCGCGCAGCGACAGGGCCGAUAGGGGCGCGCCCAGCCGUCUCCUCAGCCCAGUGAGCAAGCGCGCGGGCAAGAGUCGGAAGGACGCGGCAGACCUGGUUGGCGACCAAGAGCGGGUCGAGCACAGGAGUUUCGUCGCGCUGGCACACUGCUUGGCUGCCGAUCGCCCAGACAUCCAGCACGCGACGGGAAUGCUGAUGAGGGCGCUGGAGGCGCCGACGGUGCUGCAGAGGUUCCAGCUGGAACGCCUAGGGGACCCCCUCGAGACGUGCAAGGAGUUGCAGCGGGACUUCGGGUGCCAGGAGACCCCGCGGGAGCUGCGCGUUGAG